GAGCGUGACAGGCUCCCUAGGAUAGGGAUAGGCUUGCCAAAUCCGAAUACCGAGCUGAGGUGGCGCUGACAUGAUUUUAACCAACCGAAACCUGAAAUGCUCAACUCAAGAAUCGGAACCCUCCCUAACGGAGUCUCCGAGUUUCCUGAGAAGGAUCCGAGGCAGAGGGAGAAACAGAAACAAUGAGGAUCAAGGAAGAAAGUAAUGGAGUCUCGGCGUCCAGAAAUCACUUGGUCUUCGCUUAUUACGUCACUGGCCAUGGUUUCGGCCAUGCCACUCGUGUUGUCGAGGUGGUCCGGCACCUAAUACUUGCCGGGCAUGAUGUACACGUAGUGACUGGUGCUCCGGAAUUUGUUUUUACCUCCGAGAUACAGUCCCCUCGCCUCUUCAUACGAAAGGUUUUAUUGGACUGUGGAGCAGUUCAGGCAGAUGCAUUGACAGUGGAUCGUCUUGCCUCCUUGGAAAAGUAUUCAGUCACAGCUGUUUUGCCCCGGGCUUCUAUUUUGGAAACAGAAGUAGCAUGGCUGAACUCCAUCAAAGCUGACUUAGUGGUCUCGGAUGUUGUUCCAGUUGCAUGUCGUGCAGCAGCUGAUGCUGGAAUUCGCUCUGUUUGUGUCACGAACUUCAGUUGGGACUUCAUCUAUGCAGAGUAUGUCAUGGAUGCUGGAAAUCAUCAUCGCUCCAUAGUGUGGGAGAUAGCAGAGGACUAUUCCCAUUGUGAGUUCCUAAUCCGCCUCCCAGGAUAUUGCCCAAUGCCUGCUUUCCGUGAUGUUAUUGAUGUGCCUCUGGUUGUUAGGAGGUUACACAGAUCCCGCAAGGAGGUGAGGAAGGAGCUUGGAAUUGGGGAGGAUGUGAAGCUAGUUAUCCUAAACUUUGGUGGACAGCCAGCUGGUUGGAAUCUGAAAGAGGAGUACCUACCUUCUGGUUGGUUGUGCCUGGUUUGUGGUGCUUCUGACACCCAGGAUCUUCCACCAAAUUUUGUGAAGCUUGCAAAAGAUGCUUAUACACCCGAUCUUAUGGCAGCAUCUGAUUGUAUGCUUGGAAAAAUUGGAUAUGGAACUGUCAGUGAAGCCCUUGCAUACAAGUUACCAUUUGUCUUUGUUCGGAGAGAUUAUUUCAAUGAAGAGCCGUUUUUGAGAAAUAUGCUUGAGUAUUAUCAAGGUGGUGUUGAGAUGAUAAGAAGGGAUUUACUCACUGGACACUGGAAACCUUACCUUGAACGUGCAAUAAGUUUGAAACCCUGCUAUGAAGGAGGCAUCAAUGGUGGUGAGGUAGCAGCUCAAAUCCUGCAGGAGACAGCUAUUGGUAAAAACUAUACAUCAGAUAAGCUUAGUGGGGCAAGGAGAUUGCGUGAUGCUAUCAUUCUUGGGUAUCAACUUCAAAGGGUCCCAGGACGAGAUAUCUUAAUCCCAGAAUGGUAUGCAAGUGCUGAAAAUGAACUUGGUAUUUCUAGUGGAUCACCAACUUACCAGAAGUCUGAGAAUAGCUACCUAACAAACUCAUGCACCGAAGACUUUGAGAUUCUUCAUGGGGAUCCUCAAGGCUUUCCAGAUACAAUAAUGUUCUUAAAGAGCCUGGCAGAACUAGAUGUUGUAUCUGAGUCUGAAAGGACUCCUGAGAAACGCCAGAUACGGGAGCGUAAGGCUGCUGCUGGACUCUUCAAUUGGGAGGAGGAAAUCUUUGUGGCGAGAGCACCUGGAAGGUUGGAUGUUAUGGGAGGGAUUGCUGACUAUUCAGGAAGUCUUGUCUUGCAGCUGCCAAUAAGAGAAGCAUGCCAUGUUGCCGUGCAAAGGAAUCAUCCAAGUAAACAUAGGCUUUGGAACCAUGCCUUGGCUCGACAGCAAGCCAAAGGACAAGGAUUGACACCCGUCCUGGAAAUAGUAUCAUAUGGUUCUGAAUUAAGCAAUCGUGGCCCAACCUUUGACAUGGACUUAGCUGAUUUUAUGGAUGGAGAGCAGCCAAUGUCAUAUGAAAAGGCGAAGAAGUAUUUUGCCCGGGAUCCAUCUCAAAAGUGGGCAGCAUAUGUUGCAGGGACAAUUCUGGUUUUAAUGACAGAACUUGGUGUACGCUUUGAAAACAGUAUCAGUAUGCUGGUUUCUUCUGCAGUCCCAGAAGGCAAAGGUGUAUCUUCUUCUGCCGCUGUGGAGGUUGCUAGCAUGUCUGCCCUGGCUGCUGCUCAUGGGUUAAGCAUCAGUGCCAGAGAUCUUGCUUUGCUCUGCCAAAAGGUGGAGAAUCACAUUGUUGGAGCUCCAUGUGGCGUGAUGGACCAGAUGACUUCGGCUUGUGGUGAAGCCAACAAACUUCUAGCAAUGGUUUGCCAGCCUGCUGAGAUUGUUGGGCUUGUAGAAAUUCCUAGCCAUAUCCGAUUUUGGGGAAUUGACUCAGGAAUACGACAUAGUGUUGGUGGUGCAGACUAUGGAUCCGUCAGAAUUGGCGCCUUUAUGGGUCGCAAGAUGAUAAAGUCUAUAGCAUCUUCUAUGUUCUGUCAGUCAUUGCCAAGCUUUAGUGGGGAAAACAUAGAUGAAUUGGAGGAUGGUGGUGUUGAACUAAUUGAAGCUGAAGCAUCAUUAGAUUAUUUGUGUAACUUGUCACCUCACAGAUAUGAGGCUUUUUAUGCUAAGAUGCUUCCUGAGUCCAUGCUUGGCGAGAAAUUUCUGGAGAAAUAUGCUGAUCACAAUGAUUCUGUCACAGUAAUUGAUCCUAAGCGUAAUUAUGGAGUGACAGCGGCUGCUAAACAUCCAAUAUAUGAAAAUUUCCGUGUCAAGGCCUUCAAAGCACUUCUAACCUCGGCAACCUCAGACGAGCAACUUACAGCUCUUGGAGAACUAUUGUAUCAGUGUCACUACAGCUAUAGUGCUUGCGGACUUGGCUCUGAUGGGACCGAUAGGCUUGCAAAGUUAGUACAGGCAAUGCAGCAUAGUAAAUCUGAUGAUGGGACCUUAUAUGGAGCCAAAAUUACUGGUGGAGGUUCUGGUGGAACUGUUUGCGUCGUUGGCAAGAACUGUCUGCGAAGCAGCCAACAGAUUAUUGAGAUUCAACAGAGAUACAAAAAUGCAACAGGCUAUUUGCCAUUUGUCUUCGAAGGCUCAUCACCUGGUGCCGGGAGGUUUGGCCAUCUGAAAAUACGCCGUCGCACCUCUAGUAAGCUAACUUAAGUGGCGGCUACAUUAAAGUCUCCUGGCUAAUGAUUGCAAGAUAAACGAUUAUGCUAUUUAAUGGAAACAGAUCAAGUCUCCUGGCUACAUUAAAGUAAAAGCUUUGACGCGGGCUGACUUUGAUUCUAUCUCUCACCUGGACAUUUUCUGGGUGUAUGGCAAUUUACGUACUCCAGUAAUAAAAUCAAUAAGUUUAUCGUUUU